AGAAAAGGAAUGCAACAAAAAGGAAAAGCGAUACUCGCUUCGCGAUAUAUUACUUCUAACUUGUUAAAACUAAACUUAAACUUUUUCUUACUCUCCUAGUCAGGUCGGCUCUACCAAUAAUAUUAGUACAGCUUGAGCAUGAGCUUCAAGCUCAAGCUAGUACGACUGCAUCAUAGAUUUGAUCCCUUGACGCUAGGGCGAAAGCUAUGUGUAAGAAAUGUGAACGACUAAGAGCAGCACUAGGAGUAAUCAGUCGCAUGCUGAGGUGGACGGCAAGCAGCGUGCAGCGUUUUUCUAGAAGUGCGACAUUUCUAGGACUUUAG